ACCGGUGCAGUGAGUGCAGCGACUCGUGUUGACCCUCCGACCACCAGAGCACCAAACAUCACCGCCAUGUUCAAGCUGAUCGUCCUGUGCGCCGCCGUCGCCAUGGCCUCUGCCGGCUACCUGGAGCCCGCCAUCACCUCGUAUGGCUACUCCACGUCCACCGUGCUCAAGGCCCCCAUCGCCCACGUGGCCCCCAUCGCGCACGUCGCGCCCAUCGCCUACCACGCGCCCGUCGUCUACAAGGCACCCGUGGCCACCUCCUACCAGUCCUUCACCAAGAUCGACAAGCCGUCCAUCGCCAUUGCCCCGGUCCACUACGCCGCCCCCGUCAUCAAGACCUACGCCCCCGCCAUCUCCUACGCGCACGCGCCCCUCGCCUACAGCGCCUACAGCCCCUACAGCGCCCCCUACGCCUACGGCCACCACCUGUACAAAUGAUUUCGGCAAUAAACUGACGGCUUGAAAACGA